AGAUCAAGUCCUGCAUCAGGUUCCACGCUGGGCAUGGAACCUCCUUGGGAUUCUCUCCCUCUGCCCCACUCCUGCACAUAGGCACAUGCUACAUGUUGCACACACUCACAUAAAAUAAUGCCCAAGUAAAAGUUUGCUUUAAAACAGUGCAUUUACAGCAUUGUAACAGGAGGGUAUCCCUGCGGAGGAAGGUUUGGCUACGAUGGGGACUGAGCCAAUAAACAAACAUGUCGAAGAUGUUGGAGGCCAGGAUUCUGGCAGUCAGAAUGAGGUUGUCAAGACUGAAAACUAGCAUGAGCCCUGCGGUGUGGAAUGGGGCGCAUAGUGUGAACUCAUGGCUUCCCGCAGUUGCUGCGCUCCAGCUGGGGCGAAGGGCGUAGCAGGCCGGGGACGGCGGGAGGGUGUGUGUGGGUGUGUGCACCUUUGUCUGCUCUCGGUCUGCUGAGCCUGCAGGCAGCAACACCCCAGCAGCCGGCCGCACGCAGGGGGGCUUCUGAAUCCCAUCCUCCACCCGAAGCAACUAGGGCUGACCCCACGUCACCUGGGGAGAGAGUGAAGCGAGUCCAGAACAUUUUGUGUCACAAAGCAGGAAAGUGCUCUGAGAUUGAUGGGUUGCCUCUGGCCAAGCUGAAGACCAUUUGAAGAUCAAAAAUAAAUAAAUCACAGAGUUGGGCUCACUGAGUAAAGUAAGAAGCACGAGCCCAUGGGAAUGAAUAAACGGGAAGCUUAGGAGGACAGGGGGAGCCGGCAGGGACCCUCGAGGGCUGGAGCUCGAAGCACGGCAGGAAAGGACCAAGGAAACCCAGUCCUCCACGGGGCUCGCGGGACAUUCUUGUCACAAGGGAGGUGGCUGUCCAGCGGGGACACAGACAAGCCGAAAGAUGCCUGGCCUGUGGCCGUGCGGGUGUCGCGGGCACGAGAGCCAAGGAAAGGCUGGAGAACGUUCCAGGCUAAAGAAGCUGAAGAACCCCGCGGAGGGGUGGCUGUGAGCGUGGCUGGUGGCCUGCUUGCAGAGGUCGCCCGGCUGCGUCGGGGAUGACGCCCAGCCGGGGAUGACGCCCGUGGGCACAGGGAGCCCCCAGGAGGUGUUCUGGGGUGGGGUGGGGGAAGGAAGGUUGGCAGCUUCCCUGCAGGUGUUUCAGGAAGAAAAGAGCGCUUCCCCCCCCAAACUCCCGCUUUUCCGUAACUGCUACUGUUUCCAAAUGAGAACCAAAUUUUUUAGUGCCUUGCUAAGAGAAAAAUUCCCACAAAGGAUGUUCCUCUUCCAGGCGGAACGUGAGAUGUGGAGCGUGAGGGACGUCUAAGGAAAACCGAAUUCUGUUCUGCUGUGUUAAACACGUAGUGGCUUUAUAAUGAUUUUUUAAAUUUAUAUUUAUAUUCCUACUUGCCCGUCAUUUCACACCUAGAAAUGGGAGGAAAGCCUUCCCAGUUUUCUUUCAUGGAAAUGCCCACACCACUGGGAUGCUUGAGACCCGGUGGGUAUCAGGCACUCACAGCAAAGGGAGAAGAGGUGUCGCCCCCUGGAGGUCCAGGCCCCGUCCUGCCUCCCAUCUGUUCUUGGCACCUGCGGGAUGUGAAGCUAUUCUGGGCUGUUGAAUGAACAGGUAACGGUGUGGGCAGCUCCUGCUUACGGAGAAGCGGCUCACGUUAACUCCGCAUGCACAUGGGCGGCCUGCUGGGCACUAACUGGCCUGUGCUCCCAGCCCUGUCCCCUGACAGAUGCACAGGUGGGGCCGCACAGGGAAGGGCACCCCCUGCCUCACACCGGGCAGGGGGGGCGAAGGGGGCAUCACAGCCAUACUCCAUACUCGGUAUUCUCUCCACUUUCCCGUUCAGCUGGUUUUAAGUGGUACAGACUAACCCACUAACGUUUGAGUAAUUGGGUGUUUUAUUUUUAAGAAAUUUUUAUUUGAGGCUCAGAAUUUUUGGUUAAUGUUUUCAUUGAUGAGAUAUUUGAAAACCCACAAAAGAGCAUGCGUAUCCAGUGUUAGAGGAGACUUAACAGUUUAAAUUGUCGUCUUGCUCCCAGGUCACAGAGAGGCUGACGAGGGCAGGCGAGCCUUGCCAGCUCAGCUCACAGUGGUGAGAGACGGAAGUCCUGGUCCUCUGUCGGCUGGUGUGUUUCAGCACCACACCGGGAGACAGCGCCGUGCACGGGCCUGUCCUUGCGUUUCUGUCUGACCGCACCUUUAAACCAAGCAUCUGACUUUGCCAAUUUGAUUUUUGUUAGGAAGCCAUGGUGCCUUCGAGGCUUCUCUCACUGGGACCGAGGACUGUGCAUGGGGGCGUGGGGCGCUGGACUCAGGUCCAGCGGUGGCCGCCUUCGCCCAGGCUGCUCUCAGACAGCUGUGGGGACCACGGCAAGCACCAGGAACCCCCCAGGAAGAAACUGCUCUCCGAGAAAAAACUGAAGAGACAUUUCGUGGACCACCGCCGAGUGCUCGUCUGCGGGGGCCGUGGCGGCGACGGGGUGAGCUGCUUCCACAGCGAGCCCCGGAAGGAGUUCGGAGGCCCAGAUGGUGGCGACGGAGGCAACGGUGGCCACGUCGUCCUGAGAGCUGACCGGCAAGUCAAGUCGCUGUCCUCAGUGCUGUCUCGGUACCAGGGUUUCCACGGAGAGUCCGGUGGCAGGAAGAACUGCUUCGGGCGCAGUGGCGCCCUCCUCUACGUCCAGGUCCCAGUGGGCACGUUAGUGAAGGAGGGAAAGGAAGUCGUGGCUGACCUGUCGUGCCCGGGUGAUGAGUACAUUGCUGCUCUGGGCGGGGCAGGAGGAAAAGGUAACCGCUUUUUCCUGGCCAAUGAGAACCGCGCACCUGUGACCUGCACCCCCGGACAGCCCGGUCAAGAACGCGUCCUCUUCCUGGAGCUCAAGACGAUGGCCCAUGCUGGAAUGGUUGGGUUCCCCAAUGCUGGGAAGUCCUCCCUUCUCCGGGCCAUUUCGAACGCGAGACCCGCUGUGGCUUCCUACCCGUUCACCACUUUAAAGCCCCACGUUGGGAUUGUUCACUGUGAGGACCACCAGCAGAUAGCAGUGGCCGACAUCCCAGGCCUCAUCCGGGGCGCGCACCAGAACCGGGGCCUGGGGAGCACCUUCCUCAGGCACAUCGAGCGCUGCCGAUUCCUCCUGUUCGUCGUGGAUCUGUCGGAGCCGGAGCCGUGGACGCAGGUGGAGGACCUGAAGUUCGAGCUGGAGAAGCAUGAAGCUGGCCUGUCCGAGCGACCGCAUGUGGUCGUGGCAAAUAAGAUCGACCUCCCGCAGGCCCGAGCAGCUCUGCCCCAGCUGCGCGCCCGCCUGGGCCCGAGCGUCAUCGCCCUGUCGGCCGCAACUGGGGAGAACUUGGAGGCGCUGCUGCUGCGCCUGCAGGAGCUCCACAGCCAGCACGUGGGUGCCGAGCUCCGCUGGUAGCCACCGGGCCGCCGCCCAAAAGUGACCACCCUGAACGCGGCUCUGGGUGGAGACGAGAAAGUUGCUGCUUUGCCUUGCGCUGUCCCUGGCGCUCGCUCUCCAGCCAGCGGGCCAGGACCUCAGACGUGUCGGACAUGUGCGCCUCCUGCUGAUCUGCUCCCCGGGGCCUUCUGCGCCUGCCAGCGUGCUGACCAGCUGAGCUGGGCUCCCCACCCUUCCCCAGUACCUCUAAGUGGCGAGGAGCCCACGGCCAUGCGGCUGAGCCGCCUGACUUGGUGGGGCCGAACCCUAACCUGCACACAGACCCCACGCGGGGACCACAGACUCUGGAUCCCUGACACUUAUUGCCAGUGCUGGCUGCGGUCCCAGAGGCCGGCCCGCCCUACGGAGGGGACACGAAGACGCCGGGACAGGGAGCCUUCACAGCCGCAAGGCUCUUCUCAGAUGCCCCUGUCUGAGCAACGCAGUAGGGGCGACGCCUCUCGCGUUGUUCCCAGACUUGGCUGCUCUGUGCAGGAGCCGUUGGCUUCACGACUGAAUGCACCCAAUAUCCGACCCGGGGCUGUGCGAGUCAUUAGCUGAGGACACAGGCUCAUGUCCCCACGUAAAGCCUGCGGCUUCAGGCGUGUCCCUGGGAGCCCUUAAGAGAUGAUGUGGUUGGGGACCAGGGGUAACCAGGGGAAGGGGCCUCGGGCCCCUUGGGGAUUUGCCCCAGGGUCCUUGCUGCCAGCUGCGAGCGUGCUGGGGGCUGAGCCUGCCUCAGACAAGAAGCUUGUGCCCGAGCUUUCAGGAGCAGUUCCGUUUUGAUCUACCAUCAAAUCUGCAACUAGAACGAGAAUCCUUUGCCUGAAGCUUUAUUUUAAUGUCUUAUAAUUUCCGAGGUCCUUGUGUUCUGGAAACCAGAGAUGGGUUUUGCAAUCUCUUUGCUCUCUCUGGGGCCACCACAAAGGAUUUCGUAGAGUCGUGUUAAUUAUCGUGGCCUUUCAUCUCCAGCCGGCCCGCGCCAGUGCUGCGCCCGGGGGCGACACUGGGGGCCUCCCUGCGUCUGUCCUGCACUUGCCUGUGCCCCUGGCAGCCUCAGGACCUGACCCAGCUGAGGCACUGCUCAGUAUUUAUGGAGUUAAGAAAGGGAUGGUGUCUGA